AAACUGAAGAUGAUCCUACGAUUAAAGAUGUGACUUAUUCAGGUUUUAACAUGCAAAACAUGAGAAAUAACCUUGAAACUAGUAUCGAAAACUUUUGGCAGUGCAUAAAAGUUAGAUCUAAUGAUUAUACGAUUAAAGAAGAAACUGAAAAAAUUAACACUCAACGUGAAGAAUUUCUCAAAUUUAUUGAAAAUUCUAUUCAACAAAGCCAUGAAAUACGCAAAUAUGUUUCGAACUUACAACUAUUAAUCAAAAGUUUCUCUGACCAGCCUAUCUCUGACGAUGAUUAUAAAAAUUUAGAAUCUUUAUUAGAUGAUACUAAACGUAAUUUCAAAUCUGCUGAAAUGUUGAGGAAUCAAGCUAAUAACGUUUUAGAGGAACUAGUAACGAUCAGAAAUAACCUUAACAAAUAUAAAAAUGAUGUUCAGAACGAUGUGAGCAACAUUAGAUCGAAAACAAAAGAUGAAUUAGACAAAGUUAAUGAAGAAAUAAAUUCUUCAACAACGACUCUCGCGGUUGGAUCUGCCGCUGCAGGGUUCGGUGCUGUGUUAACUGCGGUUGCUGUAGCUCUUGCUCCGUUUACUGCUGGUGCUAGUAUUGCUAUAGAAGCGGCUAUUUUGGGUAUUAUUGGAGGUUCAGCUGCAAUAGGUGGUGGUGCUGAAGGAAUAAAUCGACCAACUAGGCGGGCCAAAAGCAAUGACAUCAAAGUAAAAUUGGAAGAAGAAAAGAAUGAAUUAACAGUCAUCAUCAAUAGGAUGGAGGAAGAUCUUAAAUCAAUCAUUGUAACAAUCGGAGAACUUGUUGGAUAUUGGGAGAAUCAAUCAGAAAUCGUUUCUGAUCUUUUAAAAAAA